AUGGCAUCCCGAUUUGGAUUUGGUGCAAUUUUCAUUAAACUGGCCAUCAUCGUCAGCGUGUUCUUAGCACUUGCUCUGGGUAAGGCUUCCCUUCAACCAGUCAGCACCUCGUUUGCUUGCUGUACGGUGAUUCUUGUGGCAGUGUGGGCGAAGUUUGGGGAGUGUGCUGAGAGUCUCAGUUCACCAAACGACGACCCGUAUGCUAGGAGAACUCCUACGAGAAUGAAAAUUCCUUAUGAGGACGUGAAUAUAACAACAAGCGACGGCGUCAACCUGCAUGGAUGGCUACUUAAGCAGAAAAGUGCACAAGUAGCCCCAACUGUUAUUUUCUUCCACGGGAAUGCUGGAAACAUCUCACAUCGGCUGGAAAACCUUGCCGCAAUGUAUUGCGAAACCGGGGCAAACAUCCUGAUUGUUGACUAUAGAGGGUACGGAAAAAGUGAAGGCAGUCCCUCAGAAGAGGGCAUUUAUAAGGACGCAGAUGCUGCUCUUACUUUUGCAAAACAGAACCAAACAGUUGGCAAAAAUAUAUUCCUGUUUGGAAGAAGCCUUGGUGGAGCGGUGGCUAUUGACCUGGCACACCGCAGAGGCAGCGAAGUAAAGGGCCUAAUUUUGGAAAACACCUUCACUUCUCUCGAAGAUGUCAUCUACGACCUACUACCUGGCCUUCGGCACGUCAGGUGUGUCAUUAGCGCUUUGCAGCGUAUGCAUCUAGAGAGCGAGAAAAAGAUGCGGGAAAUCAAUUUGCCCACCUUAUUCAUAUCAGGAAGAAGCGAUAAGCUAAUAAACCCCCUGCAAAUGGACAGACUCUACGAAGCCUGUGGCUCUCCGCUCAAAGAGAAAGUGGACAUAGAGGAGGGAGGCCACAACGACACAUGGAUUGAGGGCGACGAGGCUUAUUUCAUGAAAAUAAAAGAUUUCAUGGGUCGUGUGCUCCAUCUUUCUGCAGAGCCGGACGGAAGUGAAAAAGGAAAAAAAUUGCCUACAGGUGAGGACCAGCAAGCCAAUAUUUGUGUCCCUCGUGUGAGCUUUUCCUUGUUUAUUUUAGGGAAUGAUCUGGAAAUAUACGCUAUGAGGAAAAACCAGCAGCUCAUAUUGGAGAGUAUCGUAGGGGCAGUUCUGCUGUAUGCGCUUUUCCUGGCCCUCUCAUCCGCCAUAACGAGAGCUAAACUAGUGCACAGUAAACCCCAAAAAAAAAUCAAGAUGUAUCCACCGUCAGAUUGUCCCAUGGAACUUCACGGGGAAUGGUCUACAGAUAAUCAAGAAGAACAAGGAAAUGCAGAAGAAACAAACAUACAUGCAAGAGGUCGUGGUAAAAGUCAAGAGGUAGUCGAGGUGCUGGCUGAUCCAGCAGCCACUUCAGCUACUUAA